CCAGAAAGACAUGAACAUCUUGAAUGACAGGGGGGUGAGUACAUUAUUUGUAAAUUGUUGUUCUGGAAGUGGACUUCUCCUUUAAGAACCUUUAUUCUGACAAAUUCUGUGUCUAUUUGUAUUUCAGGGUUUCAGAUAAGCAAUAGCAUUUCCAAAUGCAUAAAUGACUGGAACUGGGGCAAAAAUUAUAACUUCCUUUACAAUAUCACAGGUGAGAACAGACCUGCUAUUAAAUGACAAUUCAGUGUGAAUAAUAAACACACACUGAUCUUUCACUCCAAUACUGUCACAUAAAACAGUGCCUUCCACUGUUCUGGAAAGUGAGACGAGAGACUAUGAAGAUGCUGGACUGUUGCUGAACUCACCCUACUUCUCAGUGCUGAGAAAAGAACGAGACAUUGACCUCAUCAUUUCCCUGGAUUUCAGUGAUGGCGAUCCUUUCAUGACAGUGAGAGAAGCUGCUGAGAUGUGCAAGAAACUAAACAUCCCUUUCCCUGAAGUCAACAUUCCCAGUGAAGACGUGGAGAAACCAAAGGACUUCUAUGUGUUCAAAGGCCAAAACGCUCCAACCGUGAUUCACAUGCCUCUGUUUAAUGUGGUCAACUGUGGAGAUGAAGUAGAAGCCUGGAGGUACAAAUAUGGGACCUUUCAAGGUGCUUACAGCGCUGAGAUGAUCACUGAUCUUAUGGAGGUCGCUGGAAAAAACAUCUCAAACAACAGAGAGAAACUGCUGGAGCAGAUUCAUAUGGCCAGCAUAACUAAAUUGUUUAAGUCACUGAUUUAUUAA